AUGGCUGCACACGGCGCAGCAGAUUCACGCCAUCUGAUCGAGGUCAAAGUCGCGCCUGGCAAAGGUCUAGGCUUGUUCGCACAAGCUGACAUACCGCGUGGAACUCGUAUCAUCGCAGAAGCAGCGCUACUUGGAAAGAACGUCGAUUACACCGCGAAGGAUGUCGUGAAGGAAUUCAGAAGCCUCAGCCCUACACUGCAAAGCCAGUACCUGGGGCUCCAUGGGUGUAUGCCGGAGGACGUCAAGGGCCAAAUCGAGCUGGAGCUUGGCCAGAAGUUGGAGAACCUCUCAGCGCUCCACCGCAAAGUGUUUGCAAUUUAUGCAGCCAACGCUAUCGGUCGAAUUAUCUACCUCCAUGGGUCACUCUUCAACCACUCCUGCAUUCCGAACGUCCACUUCGCGUACAACUCAACGCUUGGCAUGGAGACUUUUCAUGCUGUGCGCGACAUCCUGGAAGGAGAGGAAUUGACUGUUUCGUAUAUCAACGGCAUCAUUCUUACUCGAAGCCAACGACAAGAAGCGCUCGAGAGGUGGGGUUUCUUAUGCGCCUGCCCAGCAUGUGCCGACACGGAGGAAGCCAGAAAGGCCGACGUCAAGCGGGCACAAAUGUUCGACCUCGACCAGCAGCUCGCCAUAUACUUUCGCCGUGAACACUGGGAAAGAUUUCGCAAGUUGGCACAGAAGCAAGCAGCUUUGCAGCGUUCCGUCGGGUUCAGCGGUGGGGAGCUGAGCAGCACGUACGCCAAAAUUGCCUGGGCAUGCCAGCAAUUGGGUGACAGGGGAAUGGAACUUCUGUGGGCAUGCAAAAUCUUGGAUAUCGACCUCCACUGCCUGGGACCCGAUCAUCCCGACUGCGAGUGGUUGGAGGAACAGGUGCCGAAAGUGGCCGCAGUAAUAGAGAACCAGGCCGCAGUCGAUGACUCCGGAGUCAACCAGUAA